AUGCCAGGAUUAGUAGCAGAGAUACUGGGGGACUAUGGGACCAUAUUGCAGAAAAUAGGCCUUUUCCUGAGAAGAAGAAAUGGGAGUACAAUAGAAUGCAUAGUUCAUGGUGCGUCGUUGACACACUCCCAGGCGAUUCAUGGCCUUUCGCUGAUGAUACAGCGCAGACUUGUGAAGUAUUUUCAGUAUGAAAAGAAGGUUUACUAUGUGCUGGACACAAACAUGGCAUACAGAAGGAUGUAUUUUGGGAUUUAUUGCAGUCUUGUUGAGGAUCUUUUUGGAGAAGAGGCUUCUAGGGAGUUUAUGAAGAUACUGGUGAAUGGGUUUACCAAAGUGGAUGGAUCUUUGCAGGGAAGUGCUGAGAAGCUUGUUGAUACAGGUGUAGUCAUCUCAAUAGGCAGGAAGGAGGCAAGCAUAUUGGUUACAGGAUCAAGAGACCUAGGGGAAUAUAUGGCAAGAGCCAAGCAAGAUGAGGAAAUGCACAGGAAAAGCAGAAAAACGGCUGAGAAGCCAAGGUUUUACAUCAUCGACUUUGAUGCCUUGCAUUCCAUGAUGAUAAACAGUAGACUUCUGGCUCUUGUCAAGAAAAGAUAUUUGUCAAAGGCUGAAAGGAUUUACAGAUCCAUCCUCAGAUGUAAUUUAGUAACUGUGGAUACCAUAAUGGGGGACCUUGAGGGUGAAAUGGACAUCACCAGAGGAGACGUUGUCUCAUGCAUCAAAUACUUCAGCAACUAUGGAUUGCUCAGGAAAAGCCUAGAUUGUACAGAAACCUAUUUCAAGGAUGGAGAUGACAUAAGGAAGAUUCUUGUGGUAGACUCAUUAAACAGGAUUCUCUCGGAAAACAGUAAAGAGGCACGGAGGAUCUUUAACAUGAUGCUAGAUUACAAGGCAUUGGAGGACAAGGACAUUGUGGUCAAGUCUCUUGUUCCUUCACAUGUUGUCAAGAAGGCAAUUCUUAUGCUCCAUUCAAAUGGAUUUGUGGUGCUAAAGCACACUGGACCGGGAGACACCAAACCUGUGCCUGAAUGGCAAGUAGAUAUUGACCGUGCAUCAAGGAUUGUAGGCGAAGAGAUCAAGCGGGAGCUAGAGAAGUCGUGGGCGCUAAUAAACCAAAGAUGGCGACGUAUUGGAAGCGGUGGCGAUGAUGAGGACGGGGGAAGCAAAGAACUUAGCAGGAUGUUGGGCCUAUCAUUGGACUUUUUUGUUCUUGGGAUUCAAAAUAUAGCCUUCAAGACUGAGAUAUUUUGA